GGUGCGAAUCCUACUCGUCGUCUACCUUAAAUCUGCCCCCCCCCCUCCCCUUCUCUCUUCCCCAUGAGGCUCAUAUCAUCCACCCAUUUUACGCUCUUCCGGCUAUCUCGCCUAAGCAGUGAACUGCGGUUGUCAGCGAGUCCCUUGUGCCGGUUGAGACCGACACUUCACACCGGUCUUCCUUUACUCUUUGCCCGGCAACUCGCGAUGCAGUCGACUCGAAGUGUAACCACCAGCAGCCAUUGCGGGGGCAAAGCCGACACCGAAGGGCCGGGGCUUUUCAAUAACGUCCCGACGCUCACAACGGAGGCUCUGGCUCCUCCGGCGGCGGAGAAGAUCCGAGUGGGAAACACGCUCCUCGUCAACGAGAGACGGCUAAGGACUCCGAGUCCCCUGUUCGCGGCAAGCUGCGACGACGACUCGGAGUCGGAGGCUUUCAAAGAUGGGAGAACCGAGGUGGUGGACCGGGACACCAGGGCCAGGGCGUUUGCCUGGUGCCGAGACUUCCUGUCGGGGUCUUGGAAGACCAUCAAAGAGGGGGAUUUUCAAAUCAGCAUCGUCAGUGGCGGACUGAGUAACCUGCUCUACUUGUGUAGUUUGCCUGACCAUGUGCAGCCUGUUGGAGAGGAACCUCACCAGGUGCUACUAAGGGUUUAUGGAGCCAUCUUACAGGGAGUGGACUCACUGGUGUUGGAGAGUGUGAUGUUUGCAAUCCUGGCCGAGCGAACUCUAGGACCGAAACUUUACGGCAUCUUUCCAGAAGGACGCUUAGAACAGUACCUUCCGAAUUCUCGCAUGCGCACGGAUCAACUGUCAAACCCAGCCAUCUCAGUGGAGAUUGCCACCAAGUUAGCACGUUUCCAUGAAAUGAGCAUGCCCUUUAACAAAGAGCCUAAGUGGCUCUUUGGAACCUUAAACAAAUACUUGGAUCAAGUGAUGUCCAUCAAUUUUGUGCGUGAAGCACACGUUAAGAAGUAUAAGAAGCUGAUGAAGUUGAACCUACCUGCUGAGCUAGAGAGCCUCCGUGCGUUGCUGGCAGCGACUCCCUCGCCAGUGGUGUUCUGCCACAACGAUGUGCAGGAAGGUAAUAUCCUAAUGCUGGAAGAUGAGGACCACAACUCAUUAGAUAAACUCAUGCUGAUUGACUUUGAGUACAGCAGUUACAAUUACAGGGGUUUUGACUUCGGAAACCAUUUCUGUGAGUGGAUGUUUGACUACACCUAUAACCAGUGGCCCUUCUACAAAGCCGUAACAGAGAACUAUCCCACCAGAGAGCAGCAGCUUCAUUUCAUUAGAGGCUAUUUGGCAGAGCAGAGAAGACACCAUGACAUGACUGUGGACCAGACACAGAUGGAAGAAGAUUUGAUACUCGAAGCUAACAGGUACGCAUUAGCAUCCCAUUUCCUCUGGGGCCUGUGGUCCAUCAUUCAAGCCAAGAUAUCCAAGAUUGAGUUUGGAUACAUGGACUAUGCCCUGUGUCGUUUUGAUGCAUACGCCAAGCAAAAGAAGCUCUUCUCCGAACUUCCUCCAUCUUAAUGAGAUUGUAAUGUUUAUGUUAUAUUAUUGAAACUCCACUAUUAUGCAGCUUUGCUCAACACAAGCGAUGUUGAAUGAAAGAUAGACAUUUAGAUUUGUCCAUUUUAUUGGACAUUGAAGCUCCCCAUUGUGGGAUAUUUAUUUGAGAACAAUUCUUUAUCAUCGAAUGUCGCUGAUUGUUUGCGAGGCCCAUGACAUCUAAUUGUGCGCCAUUGUAAUGUCUUUAAAAUUCAGACUAUAACUUUUACUGUUUUUUUUUCAUUUUGGGAUAGCAUACCAAUCACAUUCCACGUGGUAGGUUUCUGUGUGCUUUAUUGUUUUUGGUUAUUCUACCUCACAUCUUUCUUCUGAUUCAUUCUGCAUUCGGGUUUUUAAAAGCGUAACCACAUUCGGCAAAUUAUUGCACAAGGGCUAUUUCAUACAUUUGGUGCAGUAUCAAUGUCAACAAUAUUGUUUAAUUAAGAGAAUAGUAUACUCGUAGUAUAUGGCAGCUUACAAUUAUGAUUAUUCAUCCAUUAACUGUACAUUUAACUGUUGGACUAUUUAGCUCAGCAGGUACUUUUGUUUGUCUUUUAUUUUUCUUUCUGACCUCUUGAAUUAAGUUAACUAAAAUGUCUAAUGCUAAUGUAUGUAACCAUGUCUGCUAGGAAUUGCUAAAAUUAGAUAAAUUAAUAAAAAUGUGUAUUUUGAUAAAACCGCAUCAUGUAAGUGAAUUAAUGUGUUGUUUUUGUCAUUUUCUUAAAUUUUGUCUAUUAUUUUGACAUUUUUAGAAAUAUUUUACUUCUGAAAGGAAACUUGAAGUUUAACUGUCUGACGUCAACUACCUUUUAACGUUUUAAUUUUAAAGCGACAUUGUUCCAUUCUGGUAACACGUCUGAUUACGUGAUGGCGCAAUGUUUUAGUCCUCUUUGCACUGCAAAAAUAUAAUAAGCUAAUACACAUGUAUGCUUGUAACCUGUAUCAGUGCUGUACUGUUUGUCUUAUACCCUGAUGUGCAUCAAACUAUAAAAUUAUAUUUUUACCAAACG